ACACAAACAGCAAAUAUUGUCAAAAAAAAAGUAAGAAAUCUUUGGGGGUGCUUUGAUUCAUUUUGGGGGUGCUGAAGCACCUCCCAAAAUGGGCUAAAAUCGCCCCUGAUUUGCGAUUUACUUUUACAGUUCGCGUUCAGCUCAGGCUGUCUUUUAACCCGACGCUGUUUUUACUGAAGAAACUUUAGUGUUUUUUUUUACAAUGAACAUCCCAGUUGUGGAUUUCGGCGCCUACAGACUGAGCGAGAAGGAUGUCGCUGACGAGCAGUUGCAGAGUUUAAGCACAGAGUUGAAAUCAGCUUUUACAGAUGUUGGUUUUGCAUUUCUGAGGAACACGGGGAUUACUCAGGAGGAGGUGGACUGUGUUAUGGACAUAUCCAAGAAAUUCUUCCUGCAGCCAGAUGAACUGAAGCAACCCUUCAGCAGGAAAAGUUUCGUGAACAACCCUAACCACGGAUGGGUGUCAUUGGAGACGGAGAGGUUGAAUCCACGUCGACCUGGGGACCUGAAGGAGUCUUUCAACACUGCCUCCCUUCGUCCUGAUAUAAAAUGGCCAUCGUCAGGCAGUUUGAAAAGUUUCCAGGAGUUCCAGACAUCCUUUUAUCUGCGCUGCAAAGAGCUGAGUCUGCGGUUGCUGAGGGUGAUGGCCCACAGUCUGGGACUCGACCCAGAAGUCUUCUUGAGUGCACACCGUUUAAUAGGAACUGACAAAAAUGGCACUACACUGCGAUCUCUCUACUACCCACCAGUGAAUUGUGAGAAAGCAAAGGAAGGCCAGCUGCGAUGUGGAGAGCAUUCAGACUAUGGCAGCAUUACUCUGCUGUUCCAGAGCUCAGAAGGUCUGCAGGUGCGUACACGCUCAGGUGAAUUCAUCCCUGUUCCCUGUAUCCCCGGAGCCAUCCUCAUCAAUAUCGCUGACCUGAUGCAGCGCUGGACGAGUGAUCAGUUCAUCUCUGUGCUCCACAGGGUUUUGCUGCCCCCUGUCGGAGACUCCGGCACACGGCAGUCUCUGGCUUACUUUGUCCAGCCAGAUGACGAGGCUCUGAUCACCUGCUGUGAUGGCUCCAACAAAUAUCCGCCAGUUACAGCAGGCGCCUAUCUCACUGAACGAUUCAACGAAUCAUAUGGAAGGAGCUGAAUUUGAACCCACCAUUCUAACCAUUUGAUUAAUAAAGUUUUUUGGGGGGGGGGUUUCUAAAUCAUGUUCAGUGAGUUAUUGUCAGAAGUAUGAUUAUGUCACUUCAGAUUCUACAGUAAUUAUAAAACUGAAUGUUAACUUGUAAUUGUGUUCAUAUGAUGAACUUGAGGUUUGUGAUGAAAAUAAGAGACAGAAACGUUGUAUCUGCAAGCUCGUUCACCUUAAUUUUAGACAUUCAAACCUUGUACAUCAUUUUCAUGAUUUUUUUUUUUUUUUUUUUUUCACACAGGACAUUGGUUGGACAUUUAAGUACUUUUAAAAAAAAUCAAAUAAACAGAAACAGUUCGGCACAUAUACCAGGGUGCAGAGAGGUUGUUGUUUGAAAAUAAAGUAACCAGUGUAUUUUACAUUAACUCUUCAAAGUAUUUUGUGUCCAUCUUUGCUUUGCUAUUAGUCUGUAGUGAAAAAAAUAAGUUGUUGUUUUUUACCUUGUGCUUCCUUCUGGAGUUUAAUUCUGAUUUUUACAAGGCAAAUUUCAACCUACUGCAUUCAUUUCAUUUACAGUGGUUCGAGAAUAAAUAAACACAAAUUCACAGACACUCCUGACCACUGACAUCCAGGCAACCACUUCAUAAUCCAUACAACUGUCACAAACACAAUUAUUAAAAAUUAUAACAUUUAAAUACAUAUUGUAUAUAUUUAACUUAAUCUCUUAUUCUGCACUAAUCUGAUCCAGAGGUCACAACAGCUUGAAAACACAUUGAAGGAAACACUUUUUCUAUAAAACUUCAUUUUGGCUCUAAUCUUACUUUUCUGGCAUUUAUUCUUUCCAAAAUAAUUCACACUUUACCAUAAAAAUAAAUAAUAUUUUGAAAGGAUUUCCUUAAGGACAAAGUGGCAGUAAAACUACAGUGUGAACAAAACUAAACAUUCAGUUAUCAGGCCAGCUGCCCUCCCCAUUUCACCCCAAAGAACUUCCAAUAGAGAACAGAGUCCUUUUGUGAUACAAGAUCAAAAAAACAAAAAAACAAAAGGGUUGAUUGUCCACAGAGAAAACUGGAGCAGCUCCACAUUUCCAGGCUGGCUCAUUCAGUUGGUUUAACCAGCAGAAGGAAGGGCAUCAUUGGCACUAAGAGAUCUUUUUCCCCCCUAUGUGUUGCUGUGUGUUUUGAAAAUUCUAAACAAUAACCCAAAAUUGAAA